UCUACUUUACUGUUCUCCAUCUCAGUGUGAGUGUAUCUGUGUGAAGAUCAGACCACGGGUUUUCUCAAACCUCUCUCCCUUUGAAGGACAUCUCUUUUUCUUUAUAUCGCUCUACAUUAAUACAAAAAUGGAAACUCUAGUUCAACUCAAAAAUAACCCUUUUUUGAAGGGGCUUUGUCGCAACAGCGCCCCGCCAGACCUGCAGUAUGAUAACUCCUCAGAGCUCUUCCGCAUCUCUACCUAUGCUCGUUUCCCGGCUUCGGGGGUCACAGAGCGAAGUCUGGCGAGGGCAGGUUGGUUCUACACCGGCGUGGGCGACCGUGUUCAGUGUUUCAGGUGUAACGUGACUGCAGAGGGCUGGCAGGCUGGAGACUGUCCUACAGAGAAACACAGACAGCUCUCUCCUUCCUGCUCCUUCAUCCAGAGCCUCCCGUCAACAGCCAACCUGCUCUCCUCCUCCCACUCUGCCUUCUCGCCACUCCGUAUUGCCCCUGCGAUACCGGUAAGAUCAAUGAUUUCUGCUCCAGGUCCGGUCGCUCCUAACCCUACAGCAGGCCCAGGUGAAGAGCCAGUUGGCUACUUAAACAUGGGCUUAUCUGCUCCACCACCCUCCAGCCCACUUACCUCUCGCGGUGUAGAGGACAUGUCCCACCAGAGACCGACGUGCCACAACCCCAGUAUGCGCAGAGAGCAGGACCGCCUGGACUCCUUUCAUCCCUGGACGCUCUCCAUCAUCACUCCUGCCGAGCUCGCAAAGGCUGGCUUCUACUACCUGGGCCAAGGGGACCGAGUGGCCUGCUUCAGCUGUGGAGGACAGUUGAGUGACUGGGAGCCAGGUGACAGAGCCGUGUCUGAACACCAGAGGCAUUAUCCAAACUGUCGAUUUGUGCGUGGGGACAGAGCUGACAACGUGUCGCUGGCCGCAGCUGCAGCAGCUUUGUCCGGAGGAGUGAGUUCUCAACUCUCCACAGGAGCUCCGACCCUCAGCAAUGUCUCCAACCCGGCCAUGCAGCAGAGCGAAGAGAGGCUGCUCACCUUUGUCAACUGGCCGUCUCGAAUCCCCGUCCGACCCGACCAGCUGUCUAAAGCUGGCUUCUACUAUGUAGGUCGGAACGAUGACGUCAAGUGUUUCUGCUGCGAUGGAGGCCUGCGGUGCUGGGAGUCUGGAGACGAUCCAUGGGUAGAACAUGCUAAAUGGUUUCCUCGGUGUGAGUAUUUACUCCAAGAAAAGGGACAAGAGUUUGUUCACCAGAUCCAGGCUCGCUUCCCUCGGCUGUUUGAGCAGCUUCUAUCAAAUGGGGACAGCAGCUCCAGAGAGUUUGUGGAUCCACCUGCAGUGGUUCACCUGGGACCAGGAGAGGAGCGGUCAGAGGACGCCGUCAUGAUGAACACUCCGGUGAUUAAGUCGGCUUUAGAGAUGGGCUUUGACCGAAGUCUGGUCAAGCAAACAGUCCAGAGCAAAAUCCUGACCAGUGGAGAGAACUACAGAACAGUACAGGAGCUGGUCUGUGACCUGCUGAGUGCCGAGGACCAGAAGAGAGAAGAGGAGCGAGAGAUGUUGGCGGAGGCCAUGGCAUCAGAUGGCUUCACGUUCUUGAAGAGACACCAGGCGGCAUUGAUCCAGCGUCUGAAGAGUGUCGAGCCGGUGUUGGAGCAUUUACGAGAGCAGAAUGUUUUAUCUCCAGAGGAGUACAGCGGCCUUAAGGCUCAGACGUCGGCCCAGCAGCAGAACGGCAGGCUGAUAGAGCUCGUCCUCACCAAGGGAAACGCUGCCGCUGAGGUCUUCCGCAACUGGAUCCAGAAAAACGACGUCCACCUGCUCAGAGAUCUCAUGGCCCAAUCAAAUGAAGCUGCGUCACCAAGCCAAGAUCUUUCAGAUCUCCCAAUGGAGGAGCAGCUGCGGCGCCUGCAGGAGGAGCGUACCUGCAAGGUGUGCAUGGACAAAGAAGUAAACAUCGUCUUCAUUCCGUGUGGACAUCUGGUAGUUUGCAAAGAGUGUGCACCAUCACUUAGAAAGUGCCCGAUCUGCAGAGGCCUGGUUAAAGGGACGGUCCGCACCUUCCUCUCAUGAAGAGAAAUCAUCUUCAGACUCCUUUUGUGUGUCACAAUGAAUGUAAGCAAUAUGAUUAAAAAAGAAAAAUCUACUAGAAAGAGCAGGAAGGUCAUUUGUUUCCUUUCUGCCAGUUGAGAUGUUGCAAAGUUUCUACAUGGUUGUCUUAAAUAAAUAAAGCUCACUCCUAACCUUAAAUGCAGAGGUGUCUAGUAACGAAGUACAAAUACUUCAUUACCUUACUUAAGUAGAAAUUUUGGGUAUCUAUACUUCACUGGAGUAAUUAUUUUUCAGCUGACUUUUUACUUCUACUCCUUACAUUUUCACGCUAUUAUCUGUACUUUCUACUCCUUACAUUUUAAAAAUAGCCUCGUUACUCCUAUUUCAUUCAGGCUUGUCAUCGUUCAACAAAACACAAAACCUAUCCAGAUAAAUCACGUUAUCCGGAUAGAGUGAAUUUGAUUGUGGUUGGAUGAGAAGUAUAAACCUAUAGGCUACCAUUCCGACACCCUAUUGGUUUAUUACGAGAUCCAUCGCACCUGCACAUUUUUCAACAUUAACAUUUUAAUAGAACAUUAUAGUCAUUAUGGCCUUAAGAAAAAUGUUUUUUUGGGGAGGUGGGGUAGUGCACUAUAGGCCCCUGUGGCGAGGCCCAAGUUUUUGUCCGUAAUGGCAUUUUUUCCCCUACAUUAAUUUUACUUGUAUACUCUUAAGUAGUAUUUUAACCAGUACUUUUACUUGAGUGAAAAGCUUGAGUUGAUACUUCAACUUCUAAAGAAGUCUUUUUAAACCCUAGUAGCUAUACUUCUACCCGAGUAAUGAAUAUUAACACUUUGGACACCUCUUAAAUGAUGAUGUAAAUUGCUUUUAUAAUAAUACUUAUUCAAUCUGAUUUUUAAUCACAUGGCUUUUGCUAUUAGGGUGACAUUAUUUGAUAUGCUAUAUAAAUUAGUAACUUCUCUGGUUUUGUGGUUAUAACAAAUGAAAUUUCACAGAAUGUUAUGCUUUACACAGUAAUUCUAAAACAUAUUUCAAUGAUUCUGUUAAAUGUAAUGGUGAUUCAUGUAAAGUCUAUAAAGGCAGCACUACAAUAAAUAAAGUUUCAUGAAGAUUAAAA